CCAUUAACGCAGCGUCUAAACAAAAAGGUAGCACUUAAAAGAAGAGUGUUUUGUUAUAGUUAUGGGGUCUCUUGUGUAUGUGGUGUGGAUAAAAAGGGUGGUGAAGAAGAGACUAGAAGAAGCGAACAAAACAACGCUACACAAUGAUGGAUGCUGAUCCGUUCUCACCUCUUCUUCUUCUUUCUCAAAGUUUCAGCUACUAUCCUUGUCGGAAUUCCCUCCUCUUGUUCCGGCCAUCACACUUCCUCCCUCAGAUUCACCCUUUCUAGUUCCCUUCCCUUGUCACACACCAAAAGAACUCUAAGCUAAGAUUCUAAUACUAUAUACAACACAUUUGAGAGGUGAUGGGGCAUUUAUCUUCUAUGUUGAAUGGUUUGGCGAGGUGGAAGAAGGGAAAAAGUUCUGGCAGAUGUGUCGGUAGAGAUGCUGCUGAAGCUAUGGCAAGGGAAGCCAAGAAAAAUGACUUGAUUCUAUGCAGUUCCGGCACUGUCAAUGUUGAUGGUUCAAAGAACUAUGCCUCAAUCUUUUCCAAGAAAGGCCAGAAAGGUGUGAACCAAGAUUGCUGUGUAGUCUGGGAGGAAUAUGGGUGCCAAGAGGACAUGAUAUUCUGUGGGAUAUUUGAUGGGCAUGGGCCAUGGGGUCACUUUGUGGCAAAGAAAGUGAGAGAGACAAUGCCAUCAUCUUUGCUAUGCAAUUGGCAGGAGGCACUUGCACAAUCUCCUCUUGAUCCUGAGAUUGAUGUUGAGCAAGAGAAGAAGCAGAACCGUUUCAACAUAUGGAAGCACUCUUACUUGAAGACUUGUGCUGCCAUUGAUCAAGAACUCUUUCGCUACCGCAAGAUCGACUCCUUUUACAGUGGAACCACUGCUCUUUCAGUUGUUAGACAGGGUGAACUCAUCAUUAUAGCAAAUGUAGGUGAUUCCCGUGCUGUGUUAGCUACAUCAUCAGAUGAUGGAAGUUUGGUUCCAGUUCAAUUAACAGUUGAUUUCAAGCCCAAUUUACCCCAGGAGGCAGAGAGAAUAAUGCAGUGCCAGGGGAGGGUGUUCUGCUUACAUGAUGAACCAGGGGUGCAUAGGGUGUGGCUGCCGGACGAGGACUCGCCGGGACUCGCCAUGUCGAGGGCUUUUGGUGAUUACUGCAUCAAAGAUUAUGGUAUUAUAUCAGUACCUGAGGUCACACACAGACAUAUAAGCACCAAAGACCAGUUUGUUGUGCUAGCCACUGAUGGGGUUUGGGAUGUGAUCUCCAAUGAAGAAGCAGUGGACAUUGUAUCGUCAACAGCGGACAAAUCAAAGUCGGCGAAGCGGUUGGUGGAGUGCGCGGCGCACGCAUGGAAGCGCAAGAGGCGGGGGAUAGCCAUGGAUGACAUUUCAGCUAUUUGUCUCUUCUUCCAUUCUUCUUCUUCACCUCACCAAGUUACCUCACUUGCCACUCUAAAAUAGAUUAUCAUUUAAAAUGUGCAAAGCCAUUUUGGAGGGGGAUUCAUGUAACCUUCGUUCACAUUAAGGUAGAAUAUUUGAUCAAGGAAAUUGUGUAUAUCAAUUAUGUGGUU